AUGGUUGGCGAGAAGGUACCAAACUAUUUGACGCCCUAUUUUGGUAUCUACAGUGGUGUUUACUAUUACUGUUAUACUGAUCGGUGUAAUGAUCCAUCGAAAUUAAAAUUAUUAUUACAAGCAACAACAACAACAACAUUUACAUCAACUAUAAUUCAACCAUUUCUUACACCACCUCUACCAUUAUCAUCCUGUUUAUUCUAUAACAAUAAAACUGAAUUAGAUUAUGAAUGUGAAAUUCUUUCUGCUAAUAUAACACAAUGUUCAUCAUGUGUAACAAAAAUGAAAACUACCAACAAUGGUGCUACACUUGAUUUCUGUGCUGGAUGCAAUGUAUCACCAAUAUUUAGUUAUUCAGAUCGUACGAUUUAUAUAUUAGAUGCCAAUAUUCAAAUUACAACUGAAACUGAAAUUCGUUGUAAUAAUCAACCAAAUUGUAAUACAAUAUCAACUAUACAAAAUAUACAAAAACAAUAUAAAAAUGAAUUUAAUUCUCAACUAUUUCUAGGUUCAACAGGAACGACAAUAACAUAUCCAACUCUAUCAUUGUGGUCAUUUGUUUUAUUACUAAUAAUCUUUUUGAAUUAG